AUGAGACAGGCAACAGAGACAGGCAGCAGGAGACGGUCAAAGGAGACAGGCAACAAGAGACAGGCAGCAGGAGACGGUCAGCAUGAGACAGGCGACAGGAGGCAGGGGCAACAGGAGGCAGGCAACAGGAGACAGGCAGCAGGAGACAGGGCAACAGGAGACAGGCAGCAGGAGACGGGCAGGAGACAGGCAACAGGACAGGCAAGGGGAGACAGGCAACAGGAGGCAACAGGAGACAGGCAGCAGGAGACACAUGAAACAGGCGACAGGGAGGCAAGGCAGCAUGAGACAGGCAGCAAGGAGACAGGCUGGGAGGCAACAGGCAGCAGGAGACAGGCAACAGGAGACAGGUACACAGGAGACAGGCACAGGAAGCAACAGAGACAGGCACAGAGGCAGGCAACAGAGACAGGCAGCAGAGACAGGGCAACAGGAGACAGGCAACAGGAGACAGGCAACAGGAGGCAGGGCAACAGGAGACAGGCAACAGGAGGCAGGCAACAGGAGACAGGCAACAGGAGACAGGCAACAGGAGGCAGGCAACAGGAGACAGGCAACAGGAGACAGGGCAACAGGAGAGCAAGCAAAGUGACACAGGAGCAGGAGAAAGGAAGGGAGACAGGCAGGAGAGCAAGGAGAGCAAACAGGAGACAGGCAACAGGGGAGAGAGACAGGGGCAGAGACAGGCAAUGA